CGCUUGGCGCAGAAUGCACGCCUCGAUUCCUUCGAUUCCUUCUAUUCCCUGCCGGUUCGGCAGGGCUGCGGCACCUGGAGAUCACAUCGCGCCGCGCGCUGCGAUUCCUGGCAAUUCGAGCUAUAGAUUCUUGCAUGGCGUCGACCACAAAUUUGGUAUUUCGAUGCGUCGCAGGGUCAAUGUCGCUAGAAGGCGUCCAGGGGCCACAAGAAAAGCUGGGAACAUCGUUGUCUCGCAGCUCAAUGAUUUUCUAAGAGUGGUACGUAUUGUCGCCAGGACAGCGAACGAUAGUCUGGAGGCUGGAAGCAAAUUGGUGCCUGAAUCUGUGCCGAGGCCUGCUGCGAAGGCAAUUGUCGCCGUUCUAGGAAUCGUGGCCACCUCCUUCCUGUUUAGCUCUCUACUUUCGCUCGCGAGCUUGGCCCUGGGAAUCGCUGGAAUUGCGUAUUUUGCGUACGUCUACUUUAGCAGAGACGCAAGUGGUGGCAAAAGGAGCCAGCCCAGCAGCACGGAGUCAAGCUUAGAGGAAGCCAGGAGGAUCAUGGAAAAGUACAAGUAGGGGAGAAAAAGAAGCUCCAGUUUCUAGAGGCGUUGAUCUCGAGUUUGAGAUUGGAGGAGAGAAGGGGAAAAAGAGGGAAGUGGCCUAUCAAGCACACACAACCUCUAUAGUGCUCGCACGGGGAUUUCGUACAAAGUUUCUAGAAGCGAAUGCUACGUUUAUUAAGAUCAACAGAGAAAUUGGAAGCUUCCUUUCGUGAAAAUUAGGUUCGCGCAUUCGCUGGUCAGUGGUGUAGCGAAUCAAAUAUCAACGUCAAUUCGAUA